AUGGCGGAGCAGUCCAAAGUACGGGCGGCCCUCGCCCUGCUGAAGAACCUCGUGCUGGCGGCGUUGCUGUAUGGCGUCAUCUACGGCGUCAUAAACCUGGUGAGCGACCCCAGCGUUGCGACCAAGGGGAAGCUGGGCAUCCCCGCGUUUCUGGACAAGGCUGGGCCGACAGAGCUGAUCAAGACCACCAAGUCGGGCGUCCAGGUCAAGUUCGCGGGCACCUCCAGGACGGUCACCAUCAACCCGCACGCCAAUGUCUUCAACCGCCCAGUCACCGCCGUCAAGGUCAACGACGCCUACCUGGGCCCCCGCCCCCACGUGGACACGGAGGCCGAUCUGCACAUGCUGGUCGAGGCGUGUCGGGGCAGCUACAGUGGCAUCGAGAAGAUGAGGAACGUCUUCGACUGUCUGAAGUUCUUCGCCGACGACGAGUCGCGCUACUACAAGCUGCCCGAGGAGUCUGCCCGGGCCAGUGCGCAGGACCCCCGCAAGGCCGAGUACGCCAGCGCAGAUGGACACGACAACACAUGGAAGAAUUACGCGCCCGUCAGGGACGCGGUGGCGGCGAACGGAUCGAGCAUCGGCACAUGCCCCGGACCCAUUAUCCCUUACCACGUCUACUGGACGGGCCCUGCGACGUGGCGAGUCGAGGUCUUUGUCAAGAGCUACCUGUACACGCAGAACCUGGCCUGCUCGCGUCUGUGGUUGUGGCUGGACAGCGACAAGAACCCAGACGCCGUGAAGAACAUGAUGACAAAGGAUGCGCUCUUCGCCCGCUUCCUGCCUCUGGUGGAGCGCGGUGACAUUGUGCUAAAGGCCUGGAACUUCCCCAAGCGCAUCCCGCUGCCCAAGGACGAAGAAGACAAGAACGGGUUCGGAUACUACAGCAGCCCUGGACGCCCCAACGCCGACGGAGAGAAGGUGCUGGCCGAGAACAUCGUCGAGGACAGGACUGGCCAGCAGUGGCUCGUCCUGACCGCGAAGCAGAUGACGUUUCUGCCCGUCGCUGUCUCAGACGCGGUGCGCUUCAUCGUUCUGCACAUGCACGGCGGCGCAUACUUCGACAUGGACGUGUUGAUGCUCAGAGACAUGCGGCCCCUUCUCCUCCCCAAGGAGCACGCCUUUGCCGAGCGAUGGGCGGCGCACCCGCACCCCGGCGACUACAACACGGCCAUCAUGUCCCUCACGGCCAACUCGUCGCUCUCGUCCUACCUGCUCUACGGCGGCAUCCGCAUGGGCGUCAACUUCCACCCGCGCGUGCUCGGCCGCAUGGCCUGGAAAGACGGCCGCGACCAGGAGUUCCUCAUGCUCGAGACGGGCGCCUUUGACCCCAUCUGGACCGAGUUCAACUGGGACCGCGAGGGCCGCUGCACGGUGCCCUGUCUGCGCGACUACGGCGCCGCGUUCAAGGGCCGCAAGGGCUCGCUCAAGGACGAGUGGGAGAGCUACGACGGCCCAGCCCUCGAGCCCGUGCGUCUCGACAAGGCGCAGCGCAGGGCGCUCAAGCGCGGCCACGAGGACGAGCAGCGUGUCUCUGCGUCGCCGGCGACGCCGUCGCCCAAGACCGAGCACGCCGACUCGUUCCAAGCCACGCUCGACGAGGAGGCGGAGCUGCGCAAGGCCGGCGUCGUCGCGGACUACAGGUUCGACGAGGACAAGUACCCGCCCAACAACCGCACGCUCGAGAACUUCUUCCGCGGCGCGUGGACGUAUCACAUCCACAACCAGUGGCUAAAACACCCCGAACCCUCAUCCUGGCUCAGCAUCCUCGAACACGCACACGACGCUUAUUUCGCGCGCGCACGUCCCAAUCCGUACGCUGAGACCUGGUCCGGCCCCAAUCUCGCGCCCUACAAUUAUUGGCCUGAGUUUGUGUGA